AUGGUGGUUAUUAAGCGGUUUAGAACUAUCUGGGGCAUCGACUCCGGAGAGAACUUCGAGAAGUGGAUCCCCUGGUUCACGGAUUUGAAGAAUUGGUGUCGAGUGCUUAUGCACACUGCUUGGGCAGGCUAUGUCGGUGCUCGACCCGUAGGCCUCACUCUUGAUAUCCAUCUCGAUAUCUAUCGUAAGACUCUUAAGCUGGCUAAAAUUCUGCGACCCGUUAAGAUCAACGCCCAGUCUGGAGGCGACUACUGGACUGUAGAUGAGUCUGUCUACUUUUACCAGAAGACCCUGGAAAUCAAUCAGGAGCUUGGCCUCACUGGCCUAGUCUCCCAUGAGACACACCGCAACCGAGCUCUGUUUACUCCCUAUGUAACUAAGCAGAUCUUGCUUAAGGUACCCGAGCUCCGGAUCACAGCAGAUAUCUCCCACUGGGUUGUGGUCUGUGAGCGACUUCUUGACCUCGGCGAGGAGGAUAAGGAGAUCCUAGAUCUUCUAGUCCACCAUAUCCAUGCCCGAAUUGGAACUACUCAAUCCUCGCAAUGUCCCGAGCCUGAGGACCCUAUCUUUAAGCCCGAGCGCGAAUUCUUUGAGAAGUUCUGGCUGCGCAUCGUCAAGGCGCGAAGCCAGGAUGCUCUUAUUACCUUUGUGCCCGAGUACGGCCCAUUCCCCUACCACCCCUACGGAAGCAUUAGGACCCACGGCCAGGUUGCUGAUAGCGAGGGUGCACGACUACAAAAGUUGUUUGAAGAUAGCCUCAAGGCGUAA